UUGACAUUUAUAGCGUAUAGCUAUAGCUUAGCGCUAGGUGGCGCUAGGCGAAAGGCGAAAUAUCGCGUUCAAUGUACGCGGGCGGUGAAAAGAUUGAACGUAGUAAUUUCUAGGUAAUUAAUAGUAAGUUUCUAAAUUUCUUUGUACAAAAUGGAAACCAAAGUAGCAAUUGUUACUGGAGGCAACAGAGGGAUAGGAUUCGAAAUAGUGAAAGGGCUGUGCCAAAAGUUUGAUGGUGUUGUGUAUCUUACGGCAAGAAACGAAGAAAGAGGUCUACAAGCCGUAAAAAAAUUAGAAGAAUUAGGCCUAAAACCGUUGUUUCACAUCCUGGAUGUUACAUGCGAGAAAAGCAUUGAAGAUUUGGCUAAACAUAUUUCAACACACCACUCUGGCAUUGAUGUUUUGGUAAACAACGCUGGCAUUCUAGACUUCGACAAAGCUAUUUCUUCAUAUGAUGAUGCCAAGAAACUCAUCGAUACCAACUUUAUGAGUUUAUUGUCUAUAACAAAAAUACUCUACCCUCUACUUACAAAUACUGCUCGAAUAAUAAACAUUAGCAGUGACUGGGGCUUACUAUCCAAUAUUUCCAAACAAGUAUGGUUUGACAGGCUGGUCAAAGAGGAUCUUACUGUUGAAGAAAUCUUAGAGUUUGUCAAUGAGUUCUUGAAUGCAGCCAAAAUGGGAAAAUCUGCUUUUGUUUCCAUAGCAGGCAAUUAUGGAGAUUAUAAAGUGUCAAAAGUGGCCAUGUCUGCAUUAACUUUUGUUCAGCAAAGACAAUUCAGUGAACAAGGUAAAGACAUUUCUAUAAACUGUGUCCACCCUGGAUUUGUUAUGACUGAUAUGACCAAAGGUAUGGGUAACUUUACCCCGGAACGAGGUGCAAAGGCACCGUUGUACUUGGCACUUGAAGCACCUCAGUCGCUAAAGGGUGCAUUCUUAUGGCAUUGUAAUUCUCGCGUUAAUUGGGAUGACUAAAGAUUUAAGGCUUUUAAAAUUCUUAGUGUUACAACCAAGUUACUUGUGUGAUAUCAGUGCGCAGUGUCACAUGCAC